UAUCUCACUUGCUACACGUCUGGUGCAGAGGUGAAAACCUUGGUGACAGGAAUAGUCGCGAGCUUUUAAGAACAACUUGGAUGCCAGUCAUGAUUGAGGUUCGUGAGUGCAGAUUGAGAACCCCUUGCAGAGAUAUCUGGAUACCAGCAAGUUCUUGUGCUGAGAUCGAUUGAAUCAUUGUUUCACGUGAUAUACACGUGAUAAUAGUGCUAGCGCAUACCAAAAACUGAUCACAGUCUUGAGCGAUUUUCUUAGCUCCAUCAAAAAUGGUCCAAGGCGCGCCCAAGUUCAGUACCCAUGUAUUGGGGAGAAAUUUACAACUCGCGUACCCCUUAAAAUUUAGAUAUUGGAAAUGCAACAGUGAGGUUGUAAGAAAUUCUGUGCCCAAGGUCGAUCAGAAGAUUCCUGAUAAGCUUUUCAUGCCUCUCGGAAACUCGGAAGUUAAGUCAAUUCUCAUCGUCAUUCGACUGUUCGGUAAUUGAUAAUCCAUGACAGGCACACUGUCCAAAAAACUAUAUUUGGCAUGUUUCAAUGGAGCAACAACAAGGCUGGGACUGAUGCACACACCAACACAUGUUUUCUUUGUUGGCUUCGUAUCUUUUGAAUCCACUUCCCCCCUAGAGAUUCUCUCUAGGAAACACCUUGUUCCGCCUAGUUUUCCGAGAUUGGUUAUCCAAGCCGAAGAGGACGCGAAUCUUGGCGGUUGUCGGAAAUUAAGGAGAUUGAACGAUACGAGCGGAGAGAUCGGAUGAACCGUUGAACCUUCAAACCCACAUCGUUAAUCGAUCACGACUAUACAACUCCGCAACUUCAAUUGCAACGAAGCACUGAAGAUAUUCUCGAAUUGUGACUAAUCACGUAAUUGAAUUUUCCUUUAAGCCUUAAACGUUUUCAAUAGCCAUAUUGAGGGCGACAUAAAAAGGUUGGGGUUGUUGUGGACCACAUAUCUAUUUAUGGAUGAUCAUUUUGCAUGGUUACUCCAUAACUUUAAGAAUUUAUCGUAUAUCCACUAGAUCCACCAAACAAAGUAUACACGAUGUCAACGAUGGCCUGUCCAAGUGGUUAGUGCCAUCAACUUUCUUAUUUCUAUUUGACAUUCCCAUGUUCAUUUUUAUCGUUCUGUCUAUAUCUUUUUUUUUCUCCUUCCAACUUAUCUAGUCUGUCGUUUCCAGUCGAAUAUUGCAACCAAAACAACUACUUUCGUUAACAUAAUCCGGCGUUCCUUGCCAAAAUGAGGACUACUGUUUCUUCCAUUAUCAACCUGGGUUUCUUGACUCUGGUCGCCGCUCAAAGCUCGAGUUCCAGUGCUACAUCUUGUGUCUCCUCUUACCAACUGUGUUUGGAUGAGGGCGGAGCCGACAACACAUGCCAAUCCAACAAUGCAAAGUGCAAGAAUUCAUGUGCCGACAGCUAUGGAUCGUGUCUUUCGUCGUCAGAUACAUCAUCAUGCAUGAAUUCCUAUAAUCUUUGCUUGAACGACUUCACCAUAUUCACCACACCAGAGGAUUCGGCUGGAAAGGAUUGUGCAUCUCUUUUCUCGGCUUGUCACGACUCGGGAAAGGCAGACAAUACUUGCAAUAGCUAUGCAGCUCAAUGCAAGGACAAAUGCAGCACAAUUUAUGCCACGGCCCUCACCAGUGGAUCUUCAGACUCCUCGGCAGCCAGCACACAGUACAACAACUGCCUUGAUUCUUUCAGUGUCUUCUCCACUAGGGAAUCUUCAUCUAACCUCGAUUGUGUAUCCCAAUUUUCGGCCUGCAGAGCCAAUGGCACCGCAGAUAACACAUGUAACUCUUACACAGCACAGUGUAAAGACAAGUGUAGUGGAAUUUAUGGAAUUUGCCUUAGUAGUGGAAGCGCUGAUGAUUCGUUAUGCAUGAAUCAGUAUAACAACUGCUUAGACUCCUUCACGCCUUCAACUGCCCUAGAUUGUGUCAGCAGUUUCACAUUAUGCCGAAAUGAAGGCGGCGAAUCCAAUACAUGUGCUUCUGAAUCAGCAACUUGCAAGAACGACGCCAGCAUCAACUAUUCCACAUGUCUUUCUAGCGGUCAAGCUGAUGAAUCGGCAUGCUUGAAACAAUACGAUUCAGCUCUUGUCCAAUUCAACACUACCACCUUGUUGAAUAAUACCGACUGUGUUUCCAGAUUCACCGAAUGUGAAAAUGAGGGGAAUGAAGACAGCUUAUGUCAAAGCAACAACGCCGAUUGCAAGACCGAUUGUUCCACAUCAUAUUCCACUUGUCUCAGUUCGGGUGACUCAGCUCUAUAUGCUCCUUGCUUGGAACAGUACAAUUUCUGCCUUGUAACUUUCGCCUGGGAAACCACCACUACCACUACUGGCCAGGACUGUGUUUCCAAGUAUAUGUCAUCUACCGGAGAGGACAAUGCUCGCAAUGCUGAGGCAGCUCAAUGCAAAUCUGCGUGCUCUACCAGUUAUUCAACCUGUCUGAGCUCCGGUGACGAAUCCCUCGAAGCGCCAUGUCUUAUGCAAUACAACUCGUGCCUGGUCAACUUCAAUUCCACCAUUACCACCCCGGAUUGUGCUUCUAGUCUCCUUUCUUGCGACGAUGCUUCAAACUCUUGCGCUGCAGAUGCAGCCAGUUGCAAAAACACGUGCUCCGUGGCUCUCGAUAUCUGUCAAAGUUCUGGUGAUCCAGCCCUCACCGCAGGUUGUCAAAAACAAUAUCAGUCUUGCCUUGUUUCUUUCACAUCUGCUACUGCUGUCAUUGGAGAGGAUUGUGUGGCUUCAUUCACUGGAUGUAGAAAUAAUGGUGGGGCUGACAAUACUUGUUCUUCGGAGAUGGCCAGUUGCAAAAACAAGUGCAGCUCCGUUUACGAUAUCACCGGUACUUCCGCUGACAACUCAACCAUUACUGCAUCCCAAGCGCUUCGACUCUAUGAUUCAUGCCUCGUAUCUUUCUCCUCCAACGACACCACUCCUACCGGUCAAGAUUGCUCUUCCAAGUACUACGCCUGUUCGCUCGCUGGUCUCGAAGCUCCAAAUGUCUGUAACUCGGAGUACGCAACUUGCAAAAAUGACUGCGCAGUCAUUCUCGACACGUGCCGCAGUUCCGGAGACGAAUCCCUCGUGAGUAUGUGUGAUAGUUUGUACAACGGCUGCUUGGAUCCUGUUAUGAGUAGCAACAUUACCACGAAUGCGACAGUUGCGAUUAAUGCUACAGCAACUUAUGUUUUACCUACCAAAUCCGCCUUCUUCAAUUUGACCGGCGCAUACUCAACAAUUGUUAGUAAAGCGAGCACUGCGAUCGCUAGUGCAUACAUUAGUGGGGCUCCAUCGAGUGCGACAAAUGGUACUGGACAUUACACGCAAGCUACAUCAGUAUCCACUGCGGCAAUCUCCACCGGCGUCAGUUCUGGAUAUUCUCUACCAGCAGUUACUAUUUCCGCCAGCUACCCAUUGAGCAAUGCCACCUCCGCAUCAAACAGCAUUGCUUCUGCGAGCACUACUUCUGAAUCAGCUAUCACGGUUGAGACUGGAAAAUCGAGUGCAGUAGAGAGAGCGGCUGAUGGAAACACCAGCGAUGAAGGCGCUGAUGAUGAUGCAUGCGAGACCUAAAUCCAUAGAAUGAUGCUCGAUUUAGCAUAUGUAAUAUUUAUGAAGGCUAUGAAAUGGAGGAUAUGUUGAAAUUGUAUAUUCAAAUUGGAGGUUCUUUUUAUCUCUAGCUUGAAGACGUGUAAUGAUAAUUUUUGGUUACGCCUUUUGAAGUGAUUGUCCUUGAGCAGUGUCGCCAAAUUAUGUCUUAUAAUGUUUCUCGAGGCGUGCUUGCUGUGAUUGUGGAUCAGGGUUGACAAUCGUGAUAGUACUCGAAUUGCUAAUUACGGAAUAAUCUGGCCUUC